AUGCGGACGGGCGGGAGAAAGAGGCGGGAGCUGAUUGGCUGGCACCGCCCCCCACAGGGUUGCCAUAGCGACGGGAUGCGGACGUGGGGGGAGGAGGAAGAGGAGGAGGCGGCGUCCGCAGGCGGGAGGAGGAAGGUAUUUGAAGAAAGAAGAGCCCUGCUUGGAAAAUGGUUUGACAAGUGGACAGAUGGUCAGAGGAGGAGGAUCCUGGUGGACCUGCUGGAACGCUGCUCCCUGUCCCAGCAGAAAUUCUGUGCCAAGCAGCUCCAGACCCGAGUCCCCACCGAGGCCGUCGAUUUUACCACGAGGCUCCCUCGAGUCCUGUCUUUGUACAUCUUUUCUUUCCUGGAUCCACGGAGCCUCUGUCGAUGUGCACAGGUGAGCUGGCACUGGAAGUACCUGUCGGAGCUGGACCAGCUGUGGAUGCUGAAGUGCCUGCGUUUCGGGUGGCUCCUCAACUUCUGCCCCACGCCCUUCGAGCAGGGCGUCUGGAAAAAACACUACAUCCAGAUGGUGAGGGAGCUGCGCCUCAGCAGGCCCCAGACUCCUUCCAAGGACGAGUUCAUCGUUAUCGACGUGCAACCAGUAAAAAGCAACGCCCCAGAGAGGAAACUUUCUGUGGCAGGACUAGGGACAAGCAGGAGGAAAAAAGAGCUCCCUCCUUGGCGUUCAUCCGACAGGAACCCCACGGACACCAUCCGCUACAACUACCUGGACAACUACGACCCCAUCGAGCAGGCCAGGCAGGCGAGGAGGAAGGGAGGAGGGCACACCCCGGACCUGAGCAGGCAGGCGGCCGAGAGGAAGAAGAGAGGAGGUCGUGGAUCCACUCAGCUCCGGAAGGUGACAUCCCUGUUAUCCCUCUCUGCAGAUCCUGAGCCUGUCCCAAAGCCACCGGUUCGUCCCAGCUGGGCCAGACCUCCCCAGAGCGGGGCCCUGCCCGCCAAGGCGCUGGCCCAGAGCUCCCGCUGGAACGCCGGGAUCCGCCCGGGACCCGUCCGAGCGCCGAAACCGCGGCACAGAGGGGCUGGAGAUGCCACCAGGGGGGACACCAGGUCCCCGUCACCUCCUCUGUUUGAGGCUCAGCCCUGGCACAUUCCUUCAUCCAACCAAGGAUCCGACACGGAAUGA